UCGAGCAAACAUCGUUACAUCUCCUCGGUAGACAUAGAUGCGUGUAUUAGAGGUGACUAUACACACAUACGUUUCAACGCACGAGCUCGAACUUAUUGAACCCAUCUGCUCCCGGUGAAAAAUGUGCAGGGCUUGCAGCAUCCCGCGGACGUCAUGGCAACCCGUUGGGAGGCAGCAAGGGCGGUGCUGACUUUCUCAGUGCGUGUGUGUGUGUGUAUGCAUGUGUGUGUGUGUGUGUGUGUGUGUGUGUGUGCGUGUGUGUGCUGUCAAUAUUGUGUAGUCUGUAGUGGCUGAGCAGGACGAUCAGGGGAGAGCAGUGCAGCAGCUGCAGCGGCGGCAGCAGCAUCAGAGGCGGGCCGGGCGGGAGGCUGGCUGGUAGGAUGUUCCGUCUAAGCUGCCGAUUAGACUGAUCAGACCCGGAGCUACGAUGCAGUGACAGUCUUCAGGAAGACACAGACAGACACACACACACACACACACACACACACACACACACACAGAGGGAGAGAGAGAGGGGGAGAGAAAGAGAUAGAGAGAGGGAGGGAGGAGGACGUGGAGGGUGAGAAACAGACGAAUGCGCACGGGAGAUGAUCCGCUCCUAGACUAUGGCACCGUCGGGCUCGCGUGGUAUCAAGUGGGGCUGCUGGAGAGUUUUGUACUGGAUCCCGGUCCUCUUCAUCGCCCUCAUAGUGGCUUGGUCGUACUACGCCUAUGUUUUGCAGCUUUGCAUAGAGUCAAUUGAAGACACAGGAGAAAAGGUUGUGUACUUGCUGGUGUACCAUGUCAUUUUCAUCAUGUUUGUAUGGGCUUACUGGCAAACCAUCUUCACCAAGCCCAUGAACCCCCUGAAGGAGUUUCACCUGUCCUUCUCUGACAAAGAGCUGCUGGAGCGUGAAGAUCGGGGAGAGUCUCAGCAGGAGAUCCUGAGGAGAAUAGCCAAGGAUCUGCCCAUCUACACCCGCACCAACUCUGGAGCAAUCCGUUUCUGUGACCGCUGCCAGCUGCUGAAGCCUGAUCGAUGUCACCAUUGUUCAGUCUGUGAUAAAUGCAUCCUGAAGAUGGAUCACCACUGCCCCUGGGUGAACAACUGUGUGGGAUUCUCCAACUAUAAGUUUUUCAUGCUGUUCUUGUUAUAUUCGCUACUCUACUGCCUUUUUAUAACUGCUACAGAUCUGAAAUACUUCAUUAAGUUUUGGACGGCUGGAGGUAGAGCACAUUUCCGUCUGAGAGAAUAUCUGAACGGCCUACCAGACACUCAGGCGAAGUUCCACAUCCUCUUCCUUUUCUUCUCGGCCUCCAUGUUCUCAGUCAGCCUCGCUUCGCUUUUCACCUACCACUGCUGGCUCGUCUGCAAGAACAGAUCCACUCUUGAGGCUGUGCGUGCCCCGGUGUUUCGUCACGGCACAGAUAAGAACGGUUUCAGUCUGGGUUUCAGUAAGAACUUCCGCCAGGUGUUUGGUGAUGAAGUCAAAUACUGGCCUAUUCCUGUUUUCUCCAGUUUAGGUGACGGUUGCUCGUUCCCAGCAUGCCUGGUGAAUCUGGACCCUGAGCAGCCAUCAUCGCCCACUGGCUCCAACCCUGCCAGCAAGGCUGCAGCAGACGCCCGCCAGUUCCCCUCCAAGCCGCUGAGGGAGAGUCAGAGCCGGCUGCUCACCAGCACCCCCUCCUGGACAGAGAGUGACAAUGCAGCAGACAAGGACAAGAAGGGUGCUAGUAACCCAGGGAUGACCAUAGAAAAUGAGGCGUAACCAGAGAUAGAGUCGACACGUUCCAUCCAGAAAAGUCUAUGCUGCCCCCUCCUCAGUGUUCGUGCCUAUCAGAAUGUGACGUGGUGGUGACAUCAUCGAUAUUUGUUGUUUCCCAUAAUACACCCUGCUUCUGAGAGGUUUACACAACUGACACAUGACAUACAAACCAGAGAAAAACUGGUUAUUAUUAUCAUCGGUGUUACUGUUAUUGUUACGAGCAGCAGUGUCUGCUGCUAUCUGAAAGUAUUUGGGCCUCAAAACAAGUGGAUUCGAGUUGAAACUGCAUUCCAGCAAUCAGAUUUUCUUUUGUUUGUAUAUGAAUAAGCACAGAGCAGCAGUGGAAGAGGGGACAUUUUGCAUUUUGUAUACUAGGAAAUCAAUCGGGGCUGCUUUUGUAUGUCACAGAAACUCUCAGAAUGAUCUACAACAGUUGUACUAGUAGUGGUGUUAAUGUGAUGUAUUUGACAUUCCCUGCAGCCAUUUUAAUACAGUGAAGGGUUUUCUUUUCUUUUUUUUGGAGGGGGGGCAGGUUUUCCACCCACAAUAUUGAGUGUCGUGGAACUUAUGCAUGCUUUCAUCUCAGGAUGUCAACUCAAACACACCUUGUUGUAGUGAACUGUACCACAAGAUGUUCUCCCCUUGCUUGGAAAACAACAAAUGAGUAGUAAUAUAGUAAUUACAUUGGAAUAAGGGCUCUUCUGACUCAUAGCAUGAGUGAGGAUGUUGCUGCCACACUGAAACACCUGAAAUCUGGUGCUGCGACAUCUGGUAGUCUAAACGUCUAAACUGCCGGUCAAAAAAGCUUCCCGACUGUUUUGUCUCCGGAGGGCCGGCCUCCGUGUGAUGCUGCACAUCCCGUCACCAUCAAAAAGCAGAUACUGUUGAGUGUUUUUCUAAAACUCACAAAUAUGAUGUUGUGGAUGUAAUGCAGAGCAAAAAAGAGAAACCUGCUCCAGCUGCUUUGUACAGUAUAUUUUCACCUUCUGAGGACUCUGUCUUUUCUCAUUUGGGCUGGAAAUGAUUAAACCAUCAUUGUAAAAAAAUAAUUUGAGAAUGUAUGCUUGUUUAAAAAAAAAAAAAAAAGCUUCAUGGUGACAGUAGUGUCAAUCUAUAUUUUUCUAUUCUUCUGUAUGUACGACUCAAGAGACAAUAUGGAUGUGUGGGGCAAUGUAUUGUACAGUUGUAAUGCCUUAAAAGAAUAAAAUGAGCUCA